AAGCGUACAAUUGGCCGGCCGCCGAGGUUCAAACGAACAACGUGAGCGGCUAUUGGUGGAGGCGGCGCGAGGCGGGCCCCGGGCAUUGUCCCGCUCUGGCUGCGGCGGUCCGACUGCGAGAGCGGCGGCGGCGGCGGCGCGGGGCUGCAGUGGGCGUCGCGCGGCCGAGACCAUGGCUGGAGGCAAAGCUGGAAAAGACAGUGGGAAGGCCAAGGCUAAGGCGGUGUCUCGUUCCCAGCGAGCUGGGCUCCAGGUGCUUGCCCUACAUGUAUGUCUGUGCAGCAUGUACAUACAGUGCCAGAGGAGGCCAGACGAGGGAGUCAGAUAUCCUGGAACUGGACUCACACAUGUGCCAUUUUCCUGUGGGCCGCAUCCACAGACACUUGAAGACUCGCACCACAAGCCAUGGACGGGUGGGCGCCACUGCUGCUGUGUACAGUGCCGCAAUUCUGGAGUACCUCACAGCUGAGGUGUUGGAGUUAGCAGGUAAUGCUUCCAAAGAUCUCAAAGUGAAGCGCAUCACCCCACGUCACUUACAGCUUGCAAUCCGCGGUGAUGAAGAGUUGGAUUCUCUUAUCAAGGCCACCAUAGCCGGGGGCGGCGUGAUCCCGCACAUCCACAAGUCUCUGAUUGGAAAGAAGGGGCAGCAGAAAACUGCUUAGGACGUGAGUCGCUGGCCUGCUCUCCUCGGUCUGUAACAGGGCAGAGGGGACUAGUGCGGUGUGCGGAAGAGCAUAGACGGUUGCUGUAGACGAGACAAAGGCCACAUCUGUAUGUUUUUAGACUCGGAGUUUGAUGAGUCCCUUUCCCUGUGGUCACAGUCAUGUGUUGAUUGGCCAGGUUUCUCCCUUGUGUUUUAUACAAAAGUAGAAUUGAUAAAACAUUUUUUACAAAAGUACUGUGUCUCAGUAUUUCUUCAUGAUGUAUUAGAAAUACUUUUUUCAAACCUGGCCAGGGCCAUGUUGCCUGCAUCCCCAGCGUUUGGGAGGUGUGGGCAGGACCUUCAGAAUACACGCUGAUCUCUGCCUACAUUCCAAGUUCUACCACAACCUGGACUACAUAUUCUCUUCAGACAUUGACGUUUUAAGAUAUUCAGAAUAAUCUUAAAGCAAAAAUUGGAAUGUAGUAUACCUUGAUUGUUACAGUGUUAGUUUGAAUCUCAGAUAUAAUCAAUUUUUAGAAAUAUAUAUUUAUUAACGUAUACAGUGUUCUGCCUGCCUAUAUGCCUGCAAGCCAUAAGAAAGCACCAGAUCCCAUUACAGACCAUUGGGAGCCACCAUGUGGGUGCUGGGAACUGAACUCAGGACCUCUGCAAGAGCUGCCAGUGAUCUUAACCUCUCCAGCCCUUAUCAAGGAGUGUUAUUAGCCUACUUUAUGGGCAUGCUGCCCAUUGUCCACAGGAGGUAAUGAUCUGCUGAGAAGACAGUUGAGCUGGUAGAUGGGUCAGUGCAGUUGGACACAAGCCUAGGUCUGUCUGGCUUCAGAGUGCACACAGGAGUGAUGCUACUAAGUUAGACUUUUCUGAUUGGGUCCUGGAAUUCUAACUUUGUGUGGCCAUUCAUCGAUCCCACUAACCUGCAGUGACUUACAGCCUUUAUGAUUGAUGUCUAAGUGACUACAAGAUGUAAACUAAUUCACUAGUAAAUGCGAUAGCCAAAAUUUUAUUUUUCUUCAA